AUGCUACUUGAAGAUGGCUUCAGAGUUGUCAUUCAUGACAGUGACGAGCAGGCACUCACCGAUUUACUCACGGAUCUCGGUUCUCUAGUCAACGAGCAUCAAUGUUAUCCGAUAUGCUUUGAUCCUUGCAAUGCAGACUCGGUCGCACAAGCCAUGCAGCGAAUCGCAGACGACUUUCCUCCCGUAUACGUUCUCGUCAACAACAGUGGUAUACUUUCCAAGACCGCUUCCGCCGGUAUGUCAAUUGAAGAGUGGCGAAAUUGCUUCUCACAAAAUGUCGAUUCCGCCUUUCUCAUCUCUCGGGCAUUGCUGCCGAAUAUGAAAAAGCGAAAAUGGGGUCGGAUCGUCAACACCUGCUCCAUCGCCGGAAAGACGGGUGGUCAUACCACAGGGAUCGCUUAUUCUACCACAAAGGGAGCUUUGCAAACGUUCACUUUUGCCCUUGCCCGCGAGUGUGCCAAGGAGGGCAUCACGGUCAACGGCAUCGCCCCCGCCUACAUUCGCACUCCAGGGGUCGAAGCCUACCCGAAGGAAAUGGUUAAGAUGCUGUUGGAAUACAUCCCGGUUGGCCGUUUCUGCGAGCCCGCCGAGUUCGCGCACACCGUCAAAUUUUUGAUAUCGCCGCUGUCCGGCUUCAUUUGUGGCGAAAUAAUAGAUCAGAAUGGCGGUUUGUUAAUGAGUUAG